AUGGCCACCACGCUGGAGCUGGUGGACCUGCCUGGCAGCGAAGGCCAAGACACUGAUUGCAUCGAUGAGCCACAGCUGCGCGAGCGGACCGCCGCACAGCCCCUGCACAAGGCGCACCGCGACGCUGUGCGUGCGCUCAAGAUGUCGCCCGACCGCCGCCUCCUCGCAUCGGCGUCCAACGACCACACGGUGCGCGUGUGGGACGCCGAGACGCUCGAGUGCCUACACACCCUCACCGGCCACACCGACAGCGUGCGCGUGCUGGCGUUCGCGGCCCACAACAGCGACACCACCUCCUCCGCCACCAUCCUCCUCUCUGCCGGAAGAGAUCACACAGUCAAGAUCUGGGACGCAGAUAAGGGCCAGCUGCUGCAUUCGCUGCGACACACCAUGGCCUCGGGCAACACUUGCAUGGCGCACGCGAUCGAGGCCAAUGACACGACCGCUGCGGUGGGCUACGCCGACGGGUCCAUCGCACUCGUGUGUCUGGAGACCGGCCAGGUGGUCCAGAUGCUGUCGGGCCACACCCACUGGAUCACCAGCCUCCAUAUGCGCCCGGGCUUGCUCGUCUCCGGCUCCUGCGAUCGCAAGGUGAUCGACUGGGACUUGCGCACGGGCCAGCCGGCGCAUGUCUUCGUGGGGCACACGAGCGACGUCAACGCAGUUCUUGCAUUCGGUCCAGAGAACGAGCGGAUCGGCAGCUGUAUCCAGACACUGGCCAAGCGAAGUGAAACCGGUCACGUGGUCGGUAGUCGUUCGAGGCCCGUCAACGAGGUCAUCUCCAUGCAAACGAAGCACUACGCCACUCGACCCGAAGUGACAACCCUCAUUUCAGGGAACACGGGGAAGGUGAGCAGUGGUGUGCGGCUGUGGGGGCUGGACGCCCUGGGCGAGCGAGCGGCGAGCCUUCACAGUGAAGCCACCGAGGGCGUCAGGGGCAUUCUCUCCCUGGCCGUGUCCGCCCGAUACCUUGUCGCCACCACCUGGGACUGCAAGGUGCUGGUGUGCGACUUUGGGCGAAGUGGUCAAUCGAUCCGGUGGGUGGAGGAGCAGGACAAUGCAGAAGCCUCGCUGAUGUCAAUGACAAGCCAGGCCUACGUCCCUCCGUGGCAACGAAGACAGCAGCAAGCAGAACCGGACUGCGCGGAAGAGGAUUACAGUGGCCCGGAUGAUUACACCCGUGAGGAGGAGGACUAA